GCCACAAUCAUUUCUAUUAUUGAAUUGAGUAUUUUGCGAAUGCAUUUUACCACGUAUGACACAAACGAACAUGUACACGCGCUGGUGCAGUGAUGAGUGCAUGGAAUGAACGGAGAACAAGGUCGUUGCGAUCGAGUGCGUAAUACAACAUUGUAAGGGGAUCAAGGAUAUUCAGUUUUCGCGCCUGUACUUUAGUAGAUGUGACGAGUCCGCUGCGACCUGACCACCAUAGCCCGAUUGGAUGCGUUUCUGGUUGUUUGUAUUGAUAAACAUCUUUCGAUCUGUCGUGAGUCUAGUUCUAGAGCAGCAGCCCCAUGUAAUGUUUUAGUGCCGGCAAGGCGUGUUUACCGUUUUACCGUGCUACUAGCUGCCAUCAAUAGUUCAAUCAACAGUCAUAGAUACAACUGAUCCUAACUAUAAACAAUAACAUCUAUCCAUCGUGUUAAAGUGAUUAAAAAGCGCAAUGGGAAAGGAUUACUACAAAACACUCGGUAUUUCGAGAGGAUCAACAGAUGAAGAUAUUAAAAAGGCUUACCGAAAACUUGCAUUGAAAUAUCAUCCGGAUAAAAACAAAUCGCCUGGUGCAGAAGAGAAGUUUAAGGAAGUUGCAGAAGCUUACGAAGUGUUGUCUGAUAAAAAGAAACGAGAGCUGUACAAUAAGUAUGGCGAAGAAGGACUAAAAGGACGUGCAUCCAAUGGCACAACAAAUUCUUCACAAAACUUUACAUACGAAUUCCAUGGUGACCCAAGAGCAACGUUUGCUCAAUUUUUUGGUUCCAGCGACCCGUUCGGAUCAUUCUUUGAUAUGCACAAUGAUAGUUUAUUUAACAGUAGUAUUUUCAAUGAUGACGACUUUUUCACACCGUUUAGUGGUCUAGGUAGUAAUAGACAUGGUUUAGGAGGAGCUUUCAGGUAUAAUCCGUUAAAGGUUCUGUGGAAAUGUUCAUUUCACCAAAAAGCUAUUUUUAUCUUUUUGAAUAGGUCACACUCAUUCAACGUUCACUCACCAUUGAAGAAGGAAAAGGUGCAAGAUCCACCAAUUGAGCAUGAUUUGUAUGUGACGUUGGAAGAAAUUUACCAUGGCUGCGUGAAAAAGAUGAAAAUUUCGCGUGGAGUCCUUCAGCCGGAUGGUACCUCCAAAAAGGAGGACAAGUAUGUCAGUAUAUCAAUAAAACCAGGUUGGAAGUCUGGUACGAAGGUGACUUUCCAGAAGGAAGGCGAUCAGGCAAAAGGAAAAAUACCAGCUGAUAUUGUUUUCAUGAUACGAGACAAACCACACGUUUGGUUCCGACGAGAAGGCAGCGAUCUCCGAUAUACUGCUCGAUUAACCCUGAAGCAGGCUCUCUGUGGUGUCAUCUUCGAAGUGCCGACAAUGACGGGAGAGAAACUACGUAUCAGUACAAAACAGGAGAUAAUAAAGCCGAACACAGUGAAACGAAUUCAAGGUUAUGGACUGCCGUUCCCUAAGGAACCGUCGCGGAAAGGCGAUUUGCUCGUAGCAUUUGACAUUAAGUUUCCCGAUAAACUUACUCCAUCGGAGAAGGAAGUAUUAAACGAUAUGCUUCCAAAUUCAUAGUCUUAACGUACAGCAUAGUUGCUAGCAUUGGAGAAAACACGUGUAUUUCAUCAUUUAUGUACGUUUUAUUAUUUGCUUGUGUCGAUAUACAUAUGGUUAGCAUUUCACAGUUUAUGUUCUACAAUUUUCUACUUGCUUACUUUAAUUUGAACCAACCUAUUGUUAUAUAAAAAGUUAUGCUGAAUAGGUUUGUUAAAAAUGUUUUUAAUUUUGUAAAUAGUGCCAUGAUUCCUUCGUAUUGACAACAUUUUCACCCUGCAUAACAGUUCCGUGAACGAUUAUGCUACUUCUGUGAGCGAAUUGAACAGCCUGUAUUUAUUUUUUAAUCGACAUCUUGUUUUCGGUAACAUCGUCUGUAAAACAUGACGUAUGCCAUCUACACGGUUUGCAUAAAAUAAAUAAAAACAAAAUCCGUGAAACGCUAUUAUUUCAUUCAAAUAAUUCAAAAAAACAAUGUUUUAUAGU